UGAGAUCUCCUUGCCAACUUUUUACAGUACUAGCUCAUUUUAGUGCUGUUCUCUCAGGGGGUAAUCAGUGGUCUCAUCAUGAAAAAAAAAAAGAAGAAAAAGAAGCUGUGGAUGGUCCUCUAUGCCUUCAGGAAAACAUGACUGAAACAUUUGGGGAUGCUGUGAACAGGAAGGUGGAUGUGUGGAUUGAGUAAUCUGAAGUCUUCAGAAGAAAGGUGGUGCUAUAUCAAUGCAAGGUAGUAUAAUCCAAACUUGUUACAGACCCCAAAUUGAGAUAGAAAGUAGCAAAUCAAUAAGUCCUGAAGUUCCGUUUACAGAAUGGAAAUGAAAUCACAAUACAGUCAUUUAUUAACGGAUGAAAUAAUGGAAGCAGAAGCUCAAGGAGAUUUGCUUAUUCAUCUCCCUUUAUCACUUGAGCAUAUCUUGGAUUUCAGCCCCUCAUUAAAGAUAUUUGGCAAAAACGGAGAAAAUGAAGACCAACAGGUGGUCUCAGAGAUCAUGGCAAGAUGUUUUUUUCCAUCUCUGAUAACAACCACUUCCUGGGAAGGUUUUCAUUUUGCUGGACAUGAGAUAAGAAUUACAGAAGCCACUGAUUGCUAUGGUGCUGUUGUCUGGCCAUCGGCUCUUGUUCUCUGUCACUUUCUGGAAACAAAUUCAAAGCAGUAUAAUCUGGUUGACAAAAAUGUAAUUGAAAUUGGGGCUGGGACAGGACUAGUCUCAAUAGUGGCAAGUUUACUGGGUGCCCGAGUGAUUGCCACAGACCUGCCCAAUUUACUUGGAAACCUUCGGUAUAAUGUUUCCAGAAACACCAAAAUGAAAUGCAAACAUCAGCCUCAUGUGAAGGAAUUAUCUUGGGGGAUGGGCUUAGAGAAGAACUUCCCCAAGUCUUCAAACCAUUUUGACUAUAUUCUAGCCACAGAUGUUGUAUAUGCCCACCCCUUCCUGGAUGAGCUCCUUAUCACCUUUGACCACCUGUGUAAAGACACCACCAUUAUCCUCUGGGUCAUGAAAUUUAGGUUAGAUAAGGAAAAUAAAUUUGUGGAUAGGUUUCAAGAAUUGUUUGACCUGGAGGAAAUUUCUAAUUUCCCUAGUUUGAACAUUAAAUUGUAUAAAGCCAUGAAGAAAAAUGGUAGGAAGUCAUGAUACUCUCAGAUAAUGAUCUGAAAAUACUGCCAAGGUAUACCCAGGUAGAGAAGGGAGGGGAGCAAAGGCCAUUUUUCAUUUGCCUAUAAUCUGUGCCUCUACUUCAUCUCCUUUCAUUUGCUUCUAGCUGCUCUGCAAUUUGGCUUCUGACCUCAUCAUUUAACUGAAAUUGCUUUCUGCAAAGUUUCCAGUGGUCUCUUAAUUGCCAAAUCUAAUGGUCUUUUCUCAAUCCCGACCCCUGACUUCUCUGCAGCAUUUGCCACUAUUGAUCACUUUUUCCCCGAGUUCUUUGUUCUCUAGAUUUUUGUGAUACUGCUCUCUUUCUCUCUUCUGGCUGACCUCAUAUCUAUUCGACUGUUCCUCCUCAGUCUCCUUUGCUACUUCUUCAUCCAUGUCAUGCUGUAUUAACCAUGGGAGUUCCCCCAAAACUCUGUCCUGGGUCCCCUUCUUCUUUUUCUAUAUACCAAGGGGUCUUAAUCUAGACCCCAUGAAAUUACUUUAAAAACAUUUUGAUAACUUUUAAAUAUAAUUGGUUUCCUUUAUAAUCCUAUGUAUUUUAUUUCAUGAAUUUAUAAACAUUAUCAUGAGAAGUGGUCCACGGAUUUUACCAGACUAAAGGGGUCCAAUAAUAUGAGGGGGGGAAGGGGGUAGUUUAAGAACCUCUGCUCUAUGUAAGCUCACUUUGUGAUUGCAAUUCAAUUACCAUAUCUAUUCAGAUGAUUCCUGGCUUAAAGAAGGACACAGCUGGGGCAGCUAGGUGUCGAAGUGGAUAGGGCACUGGCCUUGGAUUCAGGAGGACCUGAGUUCAAAUCCGGCCUCAGACACUUGACACUAGCUGUGUGACCCUGGUCAAGUCACUUGGCCAUCAUUGCCCCGCAAAAAAAAAAGAAAAAAAAAGAAAGAAGGACACAGCUCCUUCCAGAUUUCUCCAGCUUUCUUAAGGACACAAUUCAGAUUUUUACCUUCUUUAGGGUUCCAGUUCCCAUAGCUACUCAUACCCUGCCUGCUUUUGAAUUGCCUUCAUCCACUCUGUAGGUAUCUUGUAUGUCCCUAAUUAUUUACAUGUGGUAUCCAUCAUUACAACGGAAGUUCUUUGAGAGCAGGGGCUUUUUUGGGGGGGAGGGGCAUCUUUCUUGUGCAUGAUCAUAGUGCCUGGAACAUAAAAACAUUUGUUUGAAUGCU